UCUUUAUAAAAAAGCGGCCGGAGUAAACACGUGGCGGCGAAUGACUGUGGCCGGCACGCUCGUGUCGUCCGCAACGCGAACCGCCUAUUCGGCGGUCGGACGCGCCUUCGAAAUGCGACAGUCACUCGCCUCGCGGCUGCAACGCGGCUCGUGUGGCGUUUGGAAAACAACGGAUCAAGUAUAUAUAAAUAGAUGGAGCGUUCAUGUCGUAAACAAUUGAAUGGUGGCAUAACUAGAUCCGUCGCUGCUCGUUAUCUCGGUCAGAUGUCAAUCGAUGUCGUUGUUUAUUUUCCACACAAUUACUAUCGUUAAUUGUUAUUAUUAUUAUUACCGGCGUGCGAGCUAUGACCUAGGCGAACCCCGCACCCAAUCCCCACAAGCCCAGCUUCGAAGCUCCAAACUGUAGUACUCAAAAAAACCGUAUCGUGGGAGGGAUAAGAGGACGUUGACUCCGCAACGAAAAUUCGGGUCCUGGGGUCAAGCACCGACCCAGUAAGUCCCAUCCCGAAAAUUGUGCGUGAAGGGAAGGCCCCCCCGCCCCAUUUCACGCUACGCACUGGGCGGAGCCUAGGCCCUCCGUCACCAACGCAACGCGUUUCACUUGUCUUCUUGCAUUGUUGCACCCGUGGGUCCGAAGCACGCACAAUUCAGUGCCUUCCCGGACUUCGAACAAGACUGACUUCCAGAACUGACUCAACUUAGCUUAGGCCCUUCUCGGCGCUAUGGCGGCGCAGAAAGACAACAAGAGUUUGACACAGUCGCAGGAGAGCUACAUCAAGAAUUUGCUCAUCAAGUGCAAGAGUGAACAGAAAAAUGACGAAAGUUGGCAAAUGCCAGAAAUGGUCGGAUACUACAGCGAGCAAGCCCUCCCGAUAUCGCCAGUCCACCCCUCGACCACCGACGAGGCAGUGCUGUCCGUGAAAAAAGUGGUCUGCAGUCCUGAUCUCCCGAUCGCCGAGUUCCCCGGCAAACAGGACCAAAGCAUCCAGUGUCCGAUCUGCCACAAGAUGUACACAUCAAAGGCGGCCUACCAGGCCCACCAGCGCACCCACACGAAGGAAACCGAGGAUCCUUACCGAUGCAACAUUUGCUCCAAGACGUUCGCGGUGCCAGCCAGGCUGACCCGCCACUACAGGACUCACACCGGCGAGAAGCCCUUCAGGUGUGAGUUUUGUAACAAGAGCUUCAGCGUCAAGGAGAACUUGAGUGUGCACAGAAGGAUCCACACCAAGGAGAGGCCCUACAAGUGUGAGGUGUGUUCCAGAGCAUUUGAGCACUCUGGCAAGCUCCACAGGCACAUGCGCAUACACACAGGAGAGCGUCCUCAUAAAUGCGCCGUGUGCUCCAAAACGUUCAUCCAAUCAGGCCAGCUGGUGAUCCACAUGAGGACUCACACAGGAGAAAAGCCCUACGUGUGCACCGUGUGCCAGAAAGGAUUCACCUGCAGCAAACAACUGAAGGUGCAUUCCAGAACGCACACAGGUGAAAAGCCCUACUCCUGCGAGAUCUGUGGCAAAUCCUUCGGCUACAACCACGUCUUGAAGCUCCACCAGGUGGCCCAUUACGGCGAGAAAGUUUACAAAUGUACGAUUUGCAACGACACGUUCAAUUCCAAGAAAAGCAUGGAGGCUCACAUCAAGAGCCACUCAGAAAACGCCCCCCCACAAGCACCGACGCCUCCUUCGUCGGCCCCAUCCAGCGAAUCAUCCUGUUCCAGCACCAGCGACAAGGAAAACACCAUGAAAGAUCUCCCGACCAUGAUCCAAGAGCCCACUCCGAUAAGCUACGACUCGGACAUCGUGUACUACCGUUACGUGCGCGACCAACCCCAGUACACUCCCCACAACUACUCGGCAGGUGUUGAAUUGCUGGCGGCGGCCGCCACGGCCACGGAACGCGCCGACUUCCGCAACACCUCGGACGUCGUCUUCAACCUGAUCUCCAAGAACCCGCAGGAAGUGGUCGCGGCCGCCCUCCGCAACCCAUCGUACUUCUCCAACCCCACCGUGCAGUACAACACUCCGCUGAACGCCGGAGACGACAUCAGACGGCGGGUGGAGGCGGCCCUGGCGGUGGAGGAGAACCACUCCGAGGAGGAGCCGAUCAUGACGCCCCCGCACUCGAACCCGGUGUCGCCGGCCCCCUCGAUCUCGCCACCUGUCUCGCCCGAUCCCGAGCUGAGCCUUCCGCCCAGGAAACGCUCGAAGAUGAUCCUGAAGAGCAUGGAGGCGAGCAUAGAUCUGUCGCCGGUGAGGUACAGCUCGGUCAUACAGUACGCGAGGGCGUCCUAAUGACCGGCUGAUCGUGGAACGACCGUACUAAUUAGGCUUAUUGGAUGAUUCUUGUUAUGUUGUUUUUGCACGUGUCAAGGAACGACCUAAGGCAAACUAAACAACGUCCGCGAGUUUUGAGUUUGUUUUGGGGCCGUUCGCGUUAUGUUCAGUUGCAAGUCGUACGAAUUGAAAUUAUGAUUUCGUUUAAUUUUUAAUUUUCUUUCUGUGAUAAGACUGUUAAACCAACGCAUUACCUCAGGCAGUGCCUACAGGGUUUAGGCCCGUUGCAAUAUUAAGUCGCAUGUUAGCAUUCGAUAUGUGACAUCUCAUUAAAUUUUUGUAAGUUAAACGUAUUUUAGUAUUUUCGUCGGGGCGCCCGAUUUAAUCGCUCUGCUAUACUAGACGAGAUGUUGUAAGUCGUGAUUUAUAAUUGUUUUUUCUAAUUGUUAUGUUUUUUAUCAUGUAAAAGUGUACUGUAUUUCUAAGUCUGAACCAUGCGGUCUAAGACCAAUGGUAUUAAAUUAUUAUGUAUUCCUUAUUCAGUGUAGUGUAUCAGUAACUAAAGUAAUGAAAACUAAAUAAAUAUGUAUAUUAACUUAA